ACUGACGAAGCUCCACGCAUGUCUGCAAUGGCGGGUGAAGGUGAGAGGAUGGGGAAGAAGGGGAGGUGUGUGAGGUGCAGGGAGUGGCAGGAGCACUACUACUGGGAGCACAUGGAUGCCAGCAACAUCAAGUUCUUCAAGAUCAUGACAGCAGACUGUCAGCAGCGCAUGAGCAUUCCGGAGAACAUCGCCAACAAGUUCACCGAGCAGAUCGCCAAGGGAGCCUUCACCCUCAAGGCACCCAGCGGCGAUACAUGGCACGUCGAUGUGGGGAAGAUCGCCGGCGAGUUGUUUUUCAUGUCAGGAUGGGAGGAAUUUGCCAAGGCCCAGGGACUGCAGGAGAAUGACCUCCUGUUCUUCAAAUGCAGUGACAGUGGCUCCUUUGAUGUGCUUAUCUUCGACUCGAGCGGCUCCCAGAAAGUGCCAUGUUUCUUCACCGACAAAGAGCGUGCCAAAAUGCUCAAACAGUUUGACGACAUUGUGGCUCAGGAAGCUGAAGUACACGGUCUUUUGAGCGAUGCUGGCAAUGCUAUCAUGCGGCUGUCCCAGGCGGUUGGGUCUCCCCACACGACCUCUACUUCAGAGAAACCAGGUAACAAAAACCAAAAUAACUUUGCAGCGUGUGAAGAGGAUGAAUCUCCAAACAACAGGGACCCUCAAGUUAAGUGUGGGGUGACCGAGGAAGAAGAGAGAAGUGACGAUGAGCACAAUGACAGCUCUAACUACUACUACUACUCAAGGUUUGCAAGUUACCUAACUGUGGACGAACGGGAGCAGAUAUUCGGCUUGGUCAUCCCCAGCAAGUUUGCAACUGAUCAUCUCGCGAGGAAGUCACAGGACAUACUGCUUCUGAAGCCAAACAGAAAAGAGCAGUGGUAUGUCAAGUACUACUACCACGCAAAAGUCACCCGGGGCAUCAACGGCGUGCGCUGGGCCAAGUUUGUCCGUGACAACAGGCUUCGGGAGGGCGACAUCUGCAUCUUCGAGCUGAUGAAACGCAUAAGGAAGGUGACGAUGACAGUUCAUGUCACUCGGAAGGUCGAUGGUGGCCGGUUUGUUCUGCUGGCCUAGGUUCG